GGGUUUAGGAACGGCUUAGGUGCCGAAUUGACGUUUCCUGUGCGUGACAUGAGAGCCAAAGGUACUUCAGCGUCGCUGCAUUGAAGAUCGAAGGAUAAUACAAAAUCCACAAUGUAACAGUUUCUUCUAACUGUGGUUAAUAGUUAAUUAAGUAAUGCUAUGUGUUAUAUGUACUAUAUUCAAUAUAUGCGUCAGUAAAGCGACUCGCAUAAAAAUGAACGUAAACAUAAAGCGAAUUUACGACUGAACCAAGAGAAAAGAUAAAUUUAUAAACUGAUAUAUGUAUACCCUACUGACAAUGAGAGAUGCGGACCAAAGGUCUACUCUUCUUUCUCAUUUGCAUUGUCGGCAGUAGUAUUCUUUUCGUCGCUCUCAGUAAUCAGCGACCAUCAAUACAAACUCUAGUUACCGAAACACACAAACAACUACGAAGUUUUCAGGAAAACUUGAAAGAUGUGGAAGAGAAAAGGCUGGUUACCGAUUCAAAGUAUCUUGCAUUGCUUGGCCUGGACCAUGAAUUUAACACUACUCCGAUUGUGCCCAGUCAAAACGUAACCAUUGUUACACUGCUGCGUCCUGGAAACGAGCAGCAAAUAUAUGGUUUCAUUAAGAAUGUUACCCACUUCUUGCCAAAUUACAGUAUCGUGAUAUACAGCGUUGGGCUGAAUGAUGAUGUGUUACUGAAUGUUAAGUCAACUUGUAACAGCAGCAAAUGUAGCGUGGCUCAGUUUGACUUGAGCCCUUACCCUGCUCACACAGAAGAUGAUAGAUUACACGUUUAUAGGCCUUUGGUUAUACAGACAGCCCUAAAUACACUAGGGAAUAUAUUUUACAUGGAUUCAAAUGUGCGUUUGAAUUCGUCCGAGAUAUCAGCGUAUCUGUUUCCAAAAUAUGGGUUUCUUACAUGGCCAACAAAACACGCAACAAGUUCCUUGACUCAUCCAAAGAUGUACGAGUAUUUUCAUACCUCUGUUGAAAGCUUCUUUUUCCUCCCGUUGAUAAGGGCUUCGUACUUAGUUAUUAGUAACACCAAAAAAAUAAGGGAAAAUGUAAUGUUACCAUGGGUACAGUGUGCUUUAACGAGGGACUGCAUAUGCCCCAUAGGUGCUCAAUCAGCUGGCUGUAGAUUCAAUAAAAAGCCCCAGUACCGUUAUUCCGGUUGCCAUGCGUAUGACACAUCAGCAUUGAACAUAGUGCUUGGGCUUUAUUUUAAAUUUGAUGAUACUUGUUAUGUCCAUCGAAGUCAAAAGACUUUUUUCAACACAAUCCAACCGGAAGAAGUGAUGGAGGAAUAUUUAGCGAUAGCAAGACAGAACAAUGUUACAGAAAGUAAUAUCAGAAGCCUAAUUUCUACAGAGCAUUAACAUGUUUUGCAAUCCACAUUAUAAUUCAACUUUCAACAAAUAUAGUACAACUCGUAUGCAAAUUCAACAAAAAUUCUCUGCUUUUGUCCAUUAGUAUUAAACAUUCUUAAUGAAAACCAGCAGUGAUCUCAAAAUAAAUAUUGAGUUUUCUCCUAUCAUGUUCCAUUCUUCAAUUUCUCAAGACCAUGUAAAGAAGUUUAGUAUGAAUCCCUAAAUACAAGUUCUGAAAAAACCUCAG